CUUUUUGUAGAGUAGGGCACACACAGAGAGAGGGACCCACACACACACACACACACACAAAGUUUGCUGCAGGACUCAGCGUAAUGUGGAACAACCGCGCUGGGCAGCCGGGAGGGAACUAGCCCCCGCUCGACCUGAGAGUUUGGGGUGAAACUAUUCACCUGGCGUUUGGCUUCUCUUUUGAGUUUGCAAUGGUCGGCGGCGAUGGGACUGUGCCUGGGACCAGAGAGCAGCGCCGAGCAGCGCCAGGCACGACUGCACAGCGACAGGAUUGACCGAGCCCUCUACGAACACGCCAAGCUAGAGAUGAACGCGGUGAAGAUCUUGUUGCUAGGUGCAGCUGAGAGUGGGAAGAGCACUUUGGUUAAACAAAUGAAGAUAAUUCACCAUCACGGAUUCACUGAAGAGGAGCUCAUAAGUUUCAAGCCGGCCGUGCUGGACAACCUGCUGGGCUCCAUGAAGUUUGUGCUGCAGGGGAUGGGCAUGCUACGCAUCAACCUGGCCAACCCCAAGAACACGGUGCAUGCGCAGACGGUGCUGUCGUGCGGGAGGUGCAUUGAUGAGGACUCGGCGCUCCUGCCGUUCGUGGCCCAAGCGCUGCGCUGCCUCUGGGCCGACUCGCAGGUGAAGCUGGCAACAUCCCGCGGAUACGAGUUUGAGCUGAACGACUCCGCUCACUACUUCUUCCUGAACAUGAGCCGCAUCACCGCGCCCGCGUACCGGCCCACGCAGACCGACGUCCUGCGAGUUCGUCUCCGCACCAGCGGCAUCAUCGAGACCCAGUUCAAGAUCCGCAGCCUGGUCAUCCGGCUGUAUGACGUGGGAGGCCAGCGUGCGGAGAGAAGGAAGUGGAUCAGCUGUUUCGAGGAUGUCCGCACCGUGCUGUUCGUGACGGCGCUCAGCGGCUACGACAUGAUGCUGCUCGAGGACCCCGCCGUGAACCGCAUGCAGGAGAGUUUGAGACUCUUUUCCUCCAUUUGCAAUAACAUCUUCUUCAGAAGCACCUCCAUGAUUUUGUUCCUGAAUAAGAUUGAUUUGUUUCAAGAGAAGAUCUUGCACUUGGGACGGCAUCUCCGACACUAUUUUGCGCAGUACAGAGGUGCGGACUGUGACGUGGACUCUGCCGCCCGCUACAUUGCUGGGCAGUUCCUGGCGCUGAACAGAAGCCCGGCCAAGCUGGUGUACCAUCACUUCACCACGGCCACCGACACGUCCAACAUACAGGUGGUCUUCCAGGUGGUGAUCGACACCAUCGUCAAGGAGAAUCUGGAGGCCGUCUCCCUGCUCUGACCCACCCACCCACGCACGCAGGUCACCAGGGAAGAGGAGAGGGGGAGCGGGUGAGGGGGGGGGGGGAGUGGGGGGUAUGAGGUGAAGAAACACUUCACUCCACUCCACCACCUCUGGGGCAGAAGCUCAGACACACUCAUGGAGGUUUGUAAAUCUCACAGAGAGAGAGAGAGGGAGAGAUUCAGUGUGAGAGAGAGAGAGAGAGAUAGAGAGAGAGAGAUUGAAUGAGAGAGGGAGAGACUGGGGGAUUGAGAGUGAAAGAUUGAAAGAGUGAGAGAAGGAUUGAAAGAGAGAGUGUGAGGAAAAGCGAAAGGCAGUAGCAUGUGUCCACAUGAUGAUGCAUCUCGCCCUGUGGGGGGGCGGGGGUGACCAUGGGAAGCUGUGAAGGAUAUUUAAACCCCACAUACGCCGUCUGGUGAGGAGGGGUGUGGGGAUGACACCUGGUCAUAGGAAAGUGAAUAGAGUUAUAAAUCGGGUGCCAGAGCCCCUGACGGCGAGGCCAUGGGGCGGGAGAGGGAGGGAGGGAGAGUCCUUGGUCCACAGGUCGGCAUUUCCCAAUGAGGUCCCAACGUGAGGGCGAGACGGGGACACUUGCGAUGGGACCGACUGUCCGAGCCGCACUGGGUGCGGGCUCCUCCCUUCCCCUCCUGCAGUCGGGUCCUGCACGGCCCACAAACACUGAACGACCGACUCUCAUCAGCGCACAGGGAAGGGCCCGCAGAUGCUGCUUCAAACUGAAGAUAGACCCACAAAAAUAACUGGAGUAACUCAGCGGGACGGGCAGCAUCUCUGGAGGGAAGGUAG